AUGGGGGAAUCAGCGGGGAGGGAGCUUUCGCCGCCAGCUUCCGCCUGCCUUUGUAGGACGGAGCUGCGUCACCUCUUCAAAGGCCGGAGACAGAGGAGCGGGAAGCCCCAAGCUUCCCGUUACACCGCCCAUCUCAAGAUCAAGGUGAUCCUCAUCGCCGGGCUGCUGGUGCUGUCGGGGAUGUUCAGCGGGCUCAACCUGGGCCUCAUGGCGCUGGAUCCCAUGGAGCUGCGCAUCGUGCAGAACUGCGGCACCGAUAAGGAGAAGCGUUACGCCCGGAAGAUCGAACCCAUCCGCCGUAAGGGGAACUAUUUGCUCUGUUCCCUGCUGCUGGGUAACGUGCUGGUUAACACCACCCUCACCAUCCUCCUCGAUGACCUCAUCGGCUCCGGCAUCGGCGCCGUCGUUGCUUCCACCAUCGGCAUCGUCAUCUUCGGGGAGAUCGUGCCCCAGGCGCUCUGCUCCCGCCACGGCUUGGCCGUGGGCGCCAACACCAUCGUGGUCACCAAGUUCUUCAUGCUGGUGACGUUCCCCCUCUCCUACCCCGUCAGCAAGCUCCUCGACUGCAUCCUGGGCCAGGAGAUCGGCACCGUCUACAACCGGGAGAAGCUGGUGGAGAUGUUGAAGGUGACGGAACCCUACAACGACCUGGUGAGGGAGGAGCUCAACAUGAUCCAGGGAGCCCUGGAGCUCCGUACCAAGACGGUGGAGGACGUGAUGACCCCCCUGCAGAACUGCUUCAUGAUCAACAGCGACGCCAUCCUGGACUUCAACACCAUGUCGGAGAUCAUGGAGAGUGGCUACACCCGCAUCCCCGUCUACGAGGACGAGCGUUCCAACAUCAUGGACAUCCUCUACGUCAAGGACCUGGCUUUCGUCGACCCCGACGACUGCACCCCCCUCAAAACCAUCACCAAAUUCUACAACCACCCCGUCCACGUCGUCUUCCACGACACCAAGCUGGACGCCAUGCUGGAGGAGUUCAAAAAGG